AAGAGCAUCAUACACCACCUGAACAUCAGUCUUUCUUCUUCUGCUAGAGUAAUAUGGCGUCUAGAGUGACCAUGACUCCCUUCGCAGUUGUUCUUCUGAUGUUCAUCUCGACUUAUGGAUCGUUGGUGAAGGUGGCAAAUGGGCAGAACAAUACCUGGUGCAUAGCGAGGCCCUCUGCUGAGCAAACUGUGCUUCAGAACAACAUUGACUUCGCAUGCUCCAAUGGCGUCGACUGCAGCGUGCUGGCUUCAGGUCAGGCCUGCUCUCUCCCGGACACCAUAAUCAACCAUGCCUCCGUUGUCAUGAACCUCUAUUACAGUGCCAAUGGCAGGCAGCCCUACACUUGUAGCUUUGCCAAUUCUGGCCUCAUCACCACUGUAGAUCCGAGCUAUGGCAGCUGUGUCUAUCCGUGAAGAUGCUUCAGCUGGGAAAUAACAGUGCAGAAUCUACCAUGAAUAAUUGUUAGCUUAUAGUGCUGCAGCAGCCGCCGCUGCUAUCUGGUCCCUCUAUUUUGUAGAAUUCUGGAUUAGGAAAGGUGUGUGAUAGCUUUGCCAUUCACAUUCAAUGCCCGCUGUAGUUUAAUGUGUUGCUCACACUUGCUUAUGCUUGGUCAGAGCAAUACGUAUUGCAGAAAAUAAUUUUUUGAUUGCA